AUGGCGGUGAGUGACAAGAAAUUUAAUGAGAUGAUGACUCAUAAAAAAAUGCUUGAGACACAAAUAACCCAAAUAGCCAACACUCAAAAGGAUUGUGCUAGUCCAUCCUCUUUGUCUUCUCCAGGAGUGGAACCUACGAAACCCAUGUAUUCAAUCACCACUAGGUGUGAGAGAGUUCUUAAUGAGGGAGUUUCAAGGUCCAUGGAGGAGGAUGAGGGGAUGAGUGACCCAAGAGAGGAAGUUGAGAAGGUUGUGUCUAAGAGUGUGAGUUAUGAGGAGGUGCAAGAGAAAAAGAGGAGUAGUGAGAAAGAGCGUGAGGAAGUGUGGAGACCCAACCUUCCAUACCCGCAAAAAUUUUUGAGGCACAAAAUGGAUGAGCAAUUCGGAAAGUUUCUUGCUAUGUUCAAGAAAGUUCACCUUUCUAUCCCCUUCACCGAUGCAAUUACCCAAAUGCCUAGGUACUCUAAGUUCCUUAAGGAGAUUUUAAGCGGGAAGAGAAAGUGUAAUGAGGUUGAUUCAGUUGAAGUUGGGAAUUGUUAUAGUGCUUUUAUUCAUAAUGAGUUGCCCAAGAAGAUGGAGGAUCCGGGUAAUUUCUCUAUUCCAUGUGAGAUCAAGGGAAAUAUGUUUGAUAAUGCUUUUUGUGAUCUUGGAGCUAGUGUGAGCGUCAUGCCUUAUUCUAUUUUCAAGAAACUUAAGCUAGGUGAGCUCCUCCCAUCUAACAUAACCCUUUAA